ACUACACGCCCCCAGGAACAAGGAGGAUGUUGUGAUCUGAUGCUGUUCGAGAUGAUACUUAAAUAGCUAUUACAAAAAUGAAUGACGCGCCAUGGCGGUGUUUGAGAAAAAGAAAAUUCAAAAAGUGACUCUAGAUGACACAGUUAAUCUUACAUGUGUGAUCGACACAGCAGAGAAGAAGUCGGAUCACAUUGCCUAUACCCUUAAUGUCCAGAGAGGCCCUAAACCGGAGAUUUCAUGGACUCUUGUUAAAAGAUACAGUGACUUUUCCUCCCUAGAUGCUCAGUUGAAGAUUUCAAAUACAGAGAUUUCUCUGCCUCCAAAGAAAGUGUUUGGAAAUUUCAGCCGAGAGUUUGUAGCAGAGCGACAGCAGGGUUUACAGACCUACCUGAACGCAGUGCUUGCUGAACCUUUAUUGGCUAGCUGUGUGUUCGUCAAACAGUUCCUCGAUCCAGAUAAUUAUGCUGUCAACAUUCCAGUUCUAGCCCUCCAACAUGUGUCCAUGGUGUUCCGAUCGGAGAAGAGAUGGGAGGUGGUUGAACCACUGCAAGACUUGGGCACCAGACUCCGCAAGACGUAUAUGUUGGUGAAACCUGUUGACCAGCCGAAACAGAGACAGUUGUUGUCCUGGGUGGACUUUGGACCAGACAAGAACAUUCCAGAUAAAGAGUUAGCUGCUAUAUUCAAAGUAUUCCCUUCAAUACAGCAUCCAUACAUCCACCCAUACCUGUUUGCUGGGGGCAUUGAGAGCGGAGGAAUGGUGAUACAGGAUUUUGUGGAGCGGGGAACAAUGAGAGAUAUGUUAUGUAAAUGUAAACCAAAGUCUCACUACUUAAAAAAGUAUUGUAACCCGAAGACUAUAAUGCCUGUUGACUUGAUUGUGGUGAAAUCCCUGGGACGUAUGAUUCUGGAGAGUUUACAGUUUCUACAUGAGAAGGGGCUACCUUACGGUCACCUGCAUGCAGGUAACUUGUUGUUUAACGGUAAGAAGUGUCAGCUGCUGGAUCUACAUAACUCACUGCUGGGCCUUCCAUCAUAUUACAGACAUUUUUUCGUACAGUUCAAAAAGAUAAAGACAACCGAGAUUAUGGAUGUAUACUGUUUUGGACAUCUGUUAUACGAGAUGUACUUUGGCGAGCAGCUGAAACAGCCGACGUGUGACAAGUUCCCUCCAGCCUGUCCCGCCCAACUCAGAUCAGCUCUGGAGUCCAUUUUGACGACUGAAGCCUGCAAGAAUGGCCUCCCUACAGUCCCAGAUCUGUUGUCUCAUCCACUGUUCAGUGAUGUCACACUCCCUGCAACAGACAAGCCUGUCCUAAAGAUCCCCAGCAAGCUAAAGGAGGCCAUCCGCCUGGCUAAGGAGGACAUGGAGAGUCGUCUACAGGAGGAGCAGAAAGUUUUUCACAAAAUCAAGAGGAUUUCCAAGGCCAAAGAAUUCCAUAUGUCAGAGGAAGAAAAGAAGAAAAGGAGAAAGUCAAAAAAGAAAGCUUUAGAGGAUGGCGUACAAGAUCAAACCACAACCAGCUCAUCAGAUUCCACUGUAUCUUCUAGUAGUUCUUCUACAAACACAAAGGUGGCACCACCAUCUGUUCCAGCACCCCCACCCCCUCCUCCAUCUGCUCCCACUGUGGGAGGGGUACCGCCCCCACCUCCUCCUCCACCUAUGGGUGCCCCUGCCCCUCCACCACCUCCGCCAACUGCCCCCUCUGGAGCCGCUCCCCCUCCUGCAACGGGACAAAGAGGCGCUCUCCUUAGCUCUAUAGCCGGCUUCAAGAAAGGAGCGCUGAAGAAAAGUGUCACGGUCGACAAAAGUGGUCCCAAGCUUUGAUAGUCUAUAUAGAAGUGUAAAAGGCUGUGUUGUAACUUACAUGUAUUUGUAGCUAUCAUUUCAGCUGUUUUAAAUUUGCUAAAAUUGUUUAAUAUGUUUAAUUUAGCAUCAUAGGGGUAUGAUUAUAGUUUCAUAUUCAUAUAACAAAUAGUUUUUAUUAGCUCAUCUGCUCAAAGGGCAAAUGAGCCGCGAUUUAUAUACUAAUGGCAAUGAAUGGUGAAAUUCAUGAAUUAUUAUGACAAAAAUGAUGACGAACAGUAAAUGACAUACAGACUGAUUAUAUUUAGAGUAUUCAAAUUAAGAAAACAAAAAAUGCAUGUAUCAACUGUUUAACUUUUAAUUACAGGUAAACUGAAAAUGUGUAAUGUAUUUGAAUUUUAAAUGUAUAUGUGAUUCAGGUGUGAAAGGCUUUCUUUUCUAUCAUUUUCACACUGCCUUAGAUGUAUAUACAGGCGUCAGAAACGCUGCCUUCUGCCAUACUUCUUGUUCAUACAAUCACGCCGUAACGUUGUCAUUCUGACAGACAGGUAAACAUCAUAGGACAGGAAUCGAUUGGGAAUCCCAUCUCAGGGCGGCAAACAUUUAAUUAGUUCAAAGUAAGUAGCUUUGACUUAUAAACAGGAUACUCGUUAUUAGAACAAAUUAAUCAUAGACACUUUUAUACGGUCUAUAGUAUGAUAGCUAUAGCUAGUUUGAGAACAAGGUCAACUAAUGCAUGACAACUAUCUUAUAAAAGCUUUUGUUUAAAAUCUAUUGUAUUAGAUUAGAACUGUUGUUAAAGAAAGUUUGUAUAAAAGCUAUUGUUUGAGAACUGUUGUAUAAAAGCUAUUGUUUGAGAACUAUUGUAUAAAAGCUAUUGUUUGAGAACUAUUGUAUAAAAGCUAUUGUUUGAGGAAUAUUAUAUAAAAUAUUAGCUAUUGGUUGAAUACUAUAGUUCAAGAGCUCUUGUUUGAGAACUCACUUAGAUUGAGUGUUUUGUGAUAACAGGACCGGAGCUUUGAUAGUAAAACUCUUUUAAAUAUACAUGUUCUCAUUUACCAAAACCAAAGUGUAUGAUGUUAAAUGGAUUUUAUUACUUUUUCAUUUUCUUUUCAAGAUUUGGUACUGUUUAAAACAUAUUUAUAUACAAGUUUUUGAAAUUAGAUUAAAAUUUGAGAUUUCUUGAUUUGUUUUACAAGCAAACUAGUUCUAAAAUACGGUAUAUCGUAUUUAUUCUACCUCGGAUCAAUGAAGAGAAAUAAUGAUGUAAUGAGAUUGUGAUGAAUCAUAAUUUUCCAUCAGUUUGUGAUAAAGUAUAUUGGAUAAAAACGUAGCUUUACAACAUGUGUUUCAGAGAUAAAACAGAUGUUUUUGUGAUGUUGUAUUGUGUUGAAUUAGGAUAACUAAUGUCCCCUUUGUUUUGCAUGUCAUUGUUUGACAGAAAAUAAUUGUGACAUGGUUUUUCACGUUAAGGAAACAAAGCUAAGGAAACGUCAUUGUAAGAUUUCUGUUUUAAAUAAAAAAAAUGAUGAAAGUGCUGCUGUAUAUCCUAGAUUUAAGCUGAAUUAUGAAAUUUGCUUAUGAUAAAAUGGCUAAAUAGACACUAUCAUUGAUAUGCUAUUGGGGCAUACAACAUAUAGUGUUACUCCGUCCCAUCCUGUGGCGUCCUGUCCUGACUCAGUGUCAUAUAGCUCGAAGGUUUUCAUUUCUUAACAAAUGUAGAUAUACAUGUAUGGAUAGCAGCGAAGCAGAGAAAUGAUGAUUUAGGUAUAUAAGUGGCAGUGUAGUUAGGUGGCAGUGAAGUGGGGUAUACAUGAUGUUCUGGUACAUGGUUGGCAGUGUAGUGGGGUUUAUAUGAUGUUCUGGUACAUGGUUGGCCGUGUAGUGGGGUGUAUAUGAUGUUCUGGUACAUGGUUGGCAGUGUAGUGGGGUGUACAUAAUGUUCUGGUACAUGGUUGGCAGUGUAGUGGGGUUUAUAUGAUGAUCUGGUACAUGGUUGGCAGUGUAGUGGGGUGUACAUGAUGUUCUGGUACAUGGUUGGCAGUGUAGUGGGGUUUACAUAAUGUUCUGGUACAUGGUUGGCAGUGUAGUGGGGUUUAUAUGAUGAUCUGGUACAUGGUUGGCAGUGUAGUGGGGUUUACAUGAUGUUCUGGUACAUGGUUGGCAGUGUAGUGGGGUUUACAUAAUGUUCUGGUACAUGGUUGGCAGUGUAGUGGGGUUUAUAUGAUGAUCUGGUACAUGGUUGGCAGUGUAGUGGGGUUUACAUGAUGUUCUGGUACAUGGUUGGCAGUGUAGUGGGGUUUACAUGAUGUUCUGGUACAUGGUUGGCAGUGUAGUGGGGUUUACAUAAUGUUCUGGUACAUGGUUGGCAGUGUAGUGGGGUUUAUAUGAUGUUCUGGUACAUGGUUGGCAGUGUAGUGGGGUUUACAUGAUGUUCUGGUACAUGGUUGGCAGUGUAGUGGGGUUUAUAUGAUGUUCUGGUACAUGGUUGGCAGUGUAGUGGGGUUUACAUGAUGUUCUGGUACAUGGUUGGCAGUGUAGUGGGGUUUAUAUGAUGUUCUGGUACAUGGUUGGCAGUGUAGUGGGGUUUACAUGAUGUUCUGGUACAUGGUUGGCAGUGUAGUGGGGUUUAUAUGAUGUUCUGGUACAUGGUUGGCAGUGUAGUGGGGUUUACAUAAUGUUCUGGUACAUGGAUGGCAGUGUAGUGGGGUUUAUAUGAUGUUCUGGUACAUGGUUGGCAGUGUAGUGGGGUUUAUAUGAUGAUCUGGUGCAUGGUUGGCAGUGUAGUGGGGUGUACAUGAUGUUCUGUUACAUGGUUGGCAGUGUAGUGGGGUUUAUAUGAUUUACUGGUAUAUAAGUGGCAGUGUAAUGGGAUAUACUUGAUGUGCUGGUAUAUAAAUGGCAAUGUAGUGGGGUUUCCAAGAUGUGCUGUUAUAUAAGUGGCAGUGUAGUGGGGUUUCCAAGAUGUGCUGGUAUAUGAGUGUAAUGAGGUGUGUAGACUGUACAUGUAAACAAUGUUUGAGAUUCUAUGAUGUGAAUACUCUGGAGAAAACUUACAAAAUCCGUUGUGAUGUCAUUAUCUGACUUAAAUCAUCAAUACUCCAAAGCUGACCUUCUUUGCAAUGUUUAGAUGGAUUUUCAAUGAGUUGUCCCCCUUCAUCAAAACGUUUAAAAUGUAACAACUGUUUCAGGCAAUGGCUUUUAUUAUACCUCAAGUGUAUUGCUACUCAUUAUUUUUAAACAUGAUGUUUAGUAUAGUAAAAAGUGUUGGUUCUUUAGAACACACCAUUCAUCCACUGUCACCACCAAAAAGGGGAAAAAAGUUAUUCUUUCGUUAAUAUUUCGAUUUGUCUCUGCAAGAAUGUAUUUUUUUAUGUGUACAAAUAUUGUAACUUACCAAGGGUUUUUUAAAAUACAUGUGAUAUUCUGUGGCCAUGCUUAAUGUAUUGACUAAUCAAUGCUGUAAUGUUAUUUAUAAAAGGAUAGAUAGGAACAUACUGGACAUCUAUUUGUGAUUUGGCACCAGUGCUAAAUGUAUGACCAUGUACCAGUAUAAGGUAGAUUAAUACCUUCCAUAAUAUUUAAUCAAAAGGAAGGAAAAAGAAAUUGAUUUCAACUGACUAAAUUUUAAGUCAGUGUAUGACACUGUAUGCAUGUGCGUAUGUCAUUGUAUUAAUCUUCACGUGUUAGAAAUCGAUUUUUUUAGACCAUAAGUCUAUUUUAUUGUCAAUUUCAGAUAUAGGCACCCUAGAAGGUGCAGAAACAGUGCUGCUUACCAGAGUUUAUGUUGCACUAUGAACACUGGUUUACCAAAAAAAAUACAUAAAUGUCUGUCGAGGGCUUGUGUGCACACAGGCAAACAGAAACAUUGGGAUUUUGGCAAUUAAAACAAACAAUUAUUAUUAUUAUUUUCAUUUACACACAUGAUCAGAUAAACCUAUAUUAACAUUUUUGUAAACACACACACACACACACACACAAACACACACACACACACACACACCAGUACACAUUGAUGCACUGCUAGGCAGCACAGGGACUUGAUAAUUCUUUUACACCUAUAUUUGGACCUAAACUACAUGUACAUGUAAUUCAGAGUAUUUUUCACAUUUCAGGGGUUUAGAUAAACUUUCGGUAAAAAAAUUCCCAACACCUAUGGUGAUAUAAACGAGAAGGGAGGAGUGCUCUCGAAGUCUAAAAAAUUUACCGCCCCCAACCCCCCCCACCCUAACUUAAUUGCUUGAAUCUUGUAAAUAUCAACAUUGGGGGUGGCAUUUUUUUUACCGAAAAUUUAUAUAAACCCCUGACAUGUGAAAAAUCACUCUGAUCACCUUAGUUUAGGUCCAAAUAUAUAGCUGUAACAAAUUCUCAAGUCACUGUGAUAAGCAGGUGCAAUAUGUAGCUAUAUUGUGUACAUACAUUAAGUAUGUAUCAGCUCCCAGGAACCUGAAUAGUCCAAAUUUGAUAGUUGCUUAUUUUUUCUAUGCUUUAUUAAAAAAAGCAAUUUCACAUUCAUCAUGAACACUUAGAUGUCUGUUUCACACUUGUUGGGUUGAUGUCCAUCAGAUAUAUUUAUGUAUUGAUCAGUUAAAGUUUUGUCUGAAGUUAGUUGAAGACUGUUUCAUGAUCCUGGGAUAAGGUGACUGCAUUUUUACCUGUUUAUGUGCCAUAAAAAAUAUGCUUAGUCCAAAUGUUAACUUUGCAAAAACUAAAUAUGUGUUACAUGGGAAUAAAAGCUACUCAAGUCGUUUU